CUCAACUGUAGCCAAAUUGUAUCCGCUCGCGUUAUCUUGGAGUUGAACAUGGCGUUGGGAAGUGCCGUGGAAGGCCAAGUCCAGCGGGCUGCGACGGAGCUUCCAGGUGCAGUGCUGCGCCAGUUGUUUGUUCUGGCGGUAGAACAACUCAGCUAUCCUUCCCCUACUUCGCCGGCACUUCCAGCGCUCGACAGUGCAUCAUCCGUGGAUCAAUCUGUGGUGCUCAAAGAAGCCUAUGCUGCCAUUUGUAUAUUAGUUGCCGACGUCGCCAAGCAGAACUUGACGUCUGAGAGUACAAGGCGCUUAGUGGAGGAGUUGGGGGUUGUGGAGAACGCCGUGGAUGACAUCGCCGGUCUCCUUCACACGUCCGUUCCAAAUAUCCGUGCCUUGGGUGGCGUCUCAGGACUGGAACUGAACGAAGUCGUGGGAGUGUCGUGGCAACUCGACCACUGCAUUCGCUCCAGCACGUACGGCAACAUUCGCGAGCAGCUGUAUCUCAUCGUGCUCACGACAAAGUCCCCGCGAACUGGCGUCGUCGCGACCGUGGAGUUCACUUGCACCGUGGCACAAUUGGAAGAGCUGGUGUACAAACUACAGGAAGCCACCCACCAGAUCGACAAGGCCAUUGCUAGCUUUGCUGACCCGUUGUCGUCGGCAUAAUGCGAUGGUUUUGAUACAAAGUACUGUGUCCAAGGCCUAGUAGCAUGCGGAGACAUGGACUUCAUCACUUUUGUAAACUUACGACACUUUAGCAGUGGA